GGAACUUUGGCUUUCCUGGAUAUAGCCACUAUAUUGUGAUCACUGCAUCCAAUGGGUUUGCAAUGGGGCUAUAUCUGGUGGUCCCCUGGGUCUGUGCUGUGGUGCUGCAUUCCCUUGGGAGAGCAGAGAAAGUAACUCAAAUGACUGAAACAAGUUUCUCUGAGAGCACAGAAGGGUUGACUGCGAGGACAGUUACUACAACGCUGGAUGUGACCCGAAGCCCUGCUAGACACACACACCAGAGCCUAGAACCUGACCAGAAGCAAGAACUGCCUCCCUUAUACCCCUGUCAGGAUGACGAGACGGAGUACAGUGAAAGAGUGUACCAGAGGGAUUCUCAUGGUGUUAUGCAGCUGGUUCAGAGCGACGACGAUGAAGACAGCGAGGACUAUGAAGACACUGACAUUGACACCAGCAUUCACCCCUGCAACCUAUCACCCAGUGGACUGGCCCGCUGUCUUAUCUACCCAACCAAUCAACUCCACUGCUCCUGGAAAUUCCAUGGUCUCCUUAAUGACAGCCAAUCCUCUGCCUCUGUCUCUGUGUGUAGGAACAAUGAGAGUAUCUCCAGUGUGGACUGUGUCUCUGAGGUCAUGGGAGGCCAGGGAUGGCCUGGCGGUGUGGUUCGAGGCGUGUCUGCUGGCUGCCAGGGGAGUGUGGGUGACGGCGUCACCUCUUUGAGUCUCACUUUCAAAGUGUCACGCCCCGGCGUGUGCUGCAUCUACACCAAUAAAAUGGACACCAUAGAUAUUGAAGUACUGCGCUCGCCCCCCAACAUCACUGCCUGGGUCAGAGAGGAGGGUCUGCUGGUGCAGUGGGAUCUUCCGUCCAACACCGCACCCAGAUGCUUCCACUACCAGCUCCACAUCAAUGACCUGGUGAGGAGCUUCACAGAGGGACUGACAUUCACUGAGACCAACCUGGACCACACACAACGGUACGACGUGAAGAUGAGGGUGAGGAAGAAUAGUAACUGCAGAGGAUCUGAACACUGGAGCAGCUGGAGCAACACCAUCCAUGUGGCCCCGUCUGAAUCAUACAAUCAGCUGAACAAUCCGGCGGUUGUUGGCAUCACUCUGGGGAUACCCAUGAUCCUCCUGGCUCUGCUGCUGCUGAUCAGACUCCAGAGGGACCGUCUGUUUCCCCCCAUCCCUGGCCCCCCACUGAAGAUUAAACACCUCUUGGAGAGAGACGACCUACUUCAGGCCCUGCCGUCCAAAUGUGUUGAGGAGAUCACAGUGGUGGAGGAAGCUGAGGAAACACCUGUCAAUAUGGCCAGUUAAACAAGAUGGCCUGUUUUUAAAGUAGCCUCGUAAAUACCAGCGUGAAGCUUGCGGGAUCAGACGGCUUUGCUAGGCUGUUUUAAAGCCCCGUCAACAUUAGCCCCUAGGCCGAUCUGUAAGAAGGAUCCCUUUAGCCUAUCAGAGGUCAAGAUGCAGUCAUUAUCAUUUGUUAAUACCUAUACAGUCCUUUCCGAUCUACAAGUAGGACAAGGAGUGUGUAGGGCAAGUGUGACCUUCCUGGUCCCAUCCCUCAAGUCUGUGAGUCAACACAGGAAGGAGUAAUGGAUGGAUAGUUCUUUUAUUUCCAAAGCUGCGAUCAUGGGACACACACAGUAUGGAUGAAUGAUGAGUAGUAGACAGGAUAUAACAGUACUCCCACAGCAAUUCUCCAUAUAUCUGCUGUAUAAUAUAAUGUGAAUAAUGAAUGAUGAGUAGUAGACAGGAUAUAACAGAUAUAAUCCUGACUAGUCUCCCAGUCCCUGCCGCUGAAAAACAUCCCCACAGCAUGAUGCCUCCACCAUGCUAGGUUUAACAAAGUGACAAGGUGAAAAAUCUAUGAAUCUGCCCUUGAGCAAGGCACUUAACCCUAAUGGCUCCAG